AUGCAUGGACCAGAUAGAGCUCAAGCCAUUGCUAAGAAUCCAUUUGUUGAGGAAUAUAACACCAAGUAUGGGAGAACAGGGUUGUUUCUGCUUGUAGAAGCUGCAGCUGACGCUUAUACUCGUCAUGAAUUCAUUGGCAUCUUCAAUGACAUAAGGAGCAGAAGCCCCAAAUUAGCUGCAUCUUUAGAAGAAUCUGAUUUUGCAAAGUACAAUACCAUGACAACCAACAUUGCGGAGUCUCUGAAUUCGAUUUUAAACUUGGCUUGUGAGUUGCCAAUAAUGUCUCUUUAUGAGACCAUUAGGUUAACUCUCACAACAUGGUUUCAUGAACGUCGGGAAAAAGCUCUUAAACACAAAAAGCUCAUCACACCACGCGUAGUGAAGAUGAUAUUAGAGAGAUCCAAUGCUGCAAUGAAACUUGAUGCUUUCCAAGUAGAUUGGUUUGAGUUUGAAGUAAAGGAUGAGACUCGGAAGUACAUUGUUCAUCUGGAAAACAAGCAAUGCACUUGUCUCAUUUUUAACAUCGGCAGAAUCCCUUGUGUCCAUGCUAUUGUUGCAGCUAAGCGUACAAACAAGGAUGAGAACAAGUAUGUGGAUCAGGUCUACUUGACGGAAACCUGGGCUAAAGCAUAUGCUGAGAGCAUUCACCCAUGUUGA